UUAUUAAUGUACUGUCAUUUAAAAAUUAUUGUUUGUCGAAAAUGGAGGAGGAUCGUCUUUUCGACGAAAGAAUUUCGAUCCGGGAAUCAGCACGACCCUUGAAAAAAUAUGGUAGUACAUGCAAUCACAUGAAAAGGAAUGAAGAGUAUAUUAAGCAUGUAAUGUCAAAAGGUGAUACACUACAAGGAAUUGCUUUGAAGUAUGGAGUUACAAUGGAAAAGAUAAGACGAGCAAACCGAUUGUUUGCUACGGACAGUUUGUUUUUAAGAGAAUAUUUAUUGAUUCCCGUUACCAAGGAUUCUCCAUAUUAUGAGAAUGGUGAGAGAGUAACUGAGAUCGCCCCUUCUAAUCACCGCGCUUCUAUAGCAGGAAUGCCCACAAGAGAUUUUUCACCAGGUAGUCCCGAUGAAAAAGAGACAUUUGAUAAUUUCCUUAAUAGAUUGGACUCUUCCAUUGCAACUAUAAAAAAGCAUGUGGAAAAAACAAAAGAAAACAGCGAAUUCGUACGGGACUUCGAGGAUGACUUCGUGCGGCACCGGCCCACCGCGCGGCUGCGGCAGUCGGCGUCGAUGGGCGCGUCCACGUCGUACAACGAGGUGAUACCGCCGCCGCUGCUGCCGCCUCCUCCGCCGCCCGCCGCGCUCUCGCACGGCCGCCGCGUCGACAGCUCACUCAAGCGACUGGAGCGCGCGCACGACGACCUCUUCCAAUUGUAGCGUUCGAGACAGCGCAGGUAUGCGCGCCUCCAAUGAGUGCAACGUUUGCGUCCGUGAUCGCGUGCGUACACCAGGCGUGCGCAUGCGCAUGUGAGUGUCCGUUGCGGCCCGGACUGAAGUACAUCGUGGGGUCACUGCGAGUGAUAUUAGAUAGAUAACGAUCUGUUUAUAUGUAGAUAACAUUAUUAUAUAAUUUAAAGUUGUUGUGUCUUACACCGGGACAUGCUUUUAAUGACACAUUUUUACUGUGCUAUUAUUGUUCCAACCAAUGAUAUAUUUUAUCCUUGGUUGAUUCCAUAUCAAUAAUAAAAAUCUUUGUUUUGACAUCUCAGUAUAUUUAGGACGCAUAUAAAAGUAGUAGUACCAGCACUGUGGGUUAAUAUUUUAAAAAUAGUGGUGGUACAAGAAGAAGAAACAACUACACCGUUUCAAUAAAAGUAUGUCCUGUUAGCACCUGUAAGUGUAUUUAAUAAACUAUAUGUUCGUCUGAACACAUUUAUAUUUUAAACAGAGUUUAUGUAAAAUUAGACAAUUAAGGGUAAGCGAUAAAACUAUUCUACUGUUUUUAUGGUCACAGACCUAUACAACUAUAUUUAUAGCCCAGAUUGUUUUGCAAAAGAUGUCAGCAAAAAUAAAAGAUAUAUUCUGUUUAAAAAUGCUUAAAAAACGUUUUAUGUGUAUUAUAUUCAAUCUGACCGUUUAAAUUUAUCGCUCGUGCGAUAUAUAUCGCUAGUGUAAAACAUAUCGAUUGAGCUCUGUGAACUACCGCGCAAAACUUAAAUGGUGAAAAUGCCAAUGGGAUGAAAACUAAAUUAAAAAAUUAAUUUGUACAGGCUUGUUAAAUCUUUGUUAUUUACGGGUCGUUACAGAUAUUUACAAAGACUCCGUACCAAAGAUAAUUCAGUAGUAAUGUCAGGAUCACGAUGUUCAUGCUUUCUGUUUUAUUAUAAUUCUGUUAAAUUGUUUAAUGUUAUAGCAGUUUUUAUAUUUUAAGUGAUUCGGCAGUUUUUUUUUAAGUAAGUAAGGGAUGGGAUGAGAGAUGAGCAGAACGUUCAGCUAAUGGUAAUUCAUACGCCUUGCUCAUUACAAUGCAGUGUCGCUCCGUAUUCUUGAAAAACCCCAAAAUAUCUGAGCGGCACUACAACUGCGCUCGUCACCUUGAGACAUAAGAUGUUAAGUCUCCUUUGCCCAGUAAUCACUAGCUACGAAGCCCUUCAGACUGAAAUACAACAAUGCUUACACAUUACUGCUUCACGGCAGAAAUAGGCGCCGUUGUCUCUUCUCUUGUCUCUGUCUAGUGCAAAGGAGCCUCCCACUUGUGUACAUUACUGUAUUUAGAAUUAUUAUUAUUAAAUUAAAAUAUUUCAAACGCCGGCCGGUUCGCUUUCAAAAUAUUUUUUGUCAUUUUUAUAUGUCGUGUAUAUUUACUGCUUUUAUUUUAUAGCAGAUCCUUAAAAUGAAAGUGCGUGGUAACUAUUUGGUGAGACCAAUUGUUUGCCGGUCGAUGAUUGUUUUCAGUCGGAUGUACUUCAGAUGUUUUUUUUCCUACUUUUCUUCUGCUUGUGGUGACUUACACAAAUAUCAAACACUCGCUGCCCACGGUGUUAAAAGUGAUUAUCCUGUCAAGGACAGCGUACUCGCGUCACCUUUCUAUAUCGAUUCGGAAGAAUGAAGAAGUCCUGGGUUGAACUGUAUUGAUCGCUAUCCCUUGUUAACAAUUUUAGUUCAGUAAGAGUCCAUUUUAUAUAUAAUACGUCUACAGUUACAUAUUUGAAAUAAUAAUAGGAAAUACUGCUUCCGGAUAUCUGUAAGCGGAUUUUAUAUAAAACCAGUUGGUCUUAGCUAAAAUCCGUGUAGGGAUUAUCUUUACCUCUCGCUCACAGGGCUAGGUAGGUAGGCAGACACGAUUUCUAUUUCUUCCAACUCUUUAUAUAUAUAUAUUAUAUCUGGUACUGUGAUCAUGGUCGGAGGUAAUAAUUAUCAUUAAUGAUAUUGUGACUUUGCCACUCGCAAUCUCGUUUGUUCAUAAAAAUAAUGUAUACUCCGUUAGAUACAUCGUAGACGUAGAAUUUAACCACUCUAUGUACGACCUUACUGUUGUCUGUGACACACCAAAUGUUAAAUGAAUGUUAAAUUGUGAUGAGGCACUAAAUACUUUCGCUGUUAAGUUAAUAACUGUUGAGCUUUAUAGAAAAGUAAAAACAAUAAUUAUAUAUGAGUGUAUAUUGUAGUUGUUAAGUAAUAAAUGUAUAUAUAUGAACAGAACAUACAACAUGUAUGGUUAUUAUCUUGUAUAAAGUUUAUAAUAUGUUUUCAUAAAUAUUGCUUUAUAAUAUUUUUAACAAAAGAAAUAUAAUAAAUGUUUCUAUGCCGUA